UACCCUUGCUCUUAUUAUUAAUCAUGCCACUCUAUCAGUCCAAAUAUAACUAUGAUGAUGAACCAAUGAACAAUUGCAUUCAAAGUAUCUGUAUCUAAAAUUUCCCCUAAAUUCUUGGGAGUCUACAAAAAAAUACUUUCCUUUUUCAACUAUUCUAUUAUGACAAUUCAAGAAUAUCCUCAACAUCUCAAAACUCCACUAAAUCCUUCAACAAUGGAAGAUUCACCAAAACCCCAAAAACAAUACUGGCGUUUCAGUAAACAGGAUUUCUUCCCAGAACCAUCUUUCCACAAUUUCUCAACAUACAAACACGCCCUUACCCAAACCCCGACCCGAAUCAAGAACCGGGUUUUUUCCAGGUCCACAGAAUCAUCUGAACUAAUCCAACUCAAAAAAGAAUCAGAAAAUGAAAUGAAACAAUGCCUUACAUGGUGGGACUUAAUUUGGCUCGGGUUCGGGUCAGUAGUCGGGUCGGGUAUUUUUAGCAUAACGGGUCAAGAAACCAGACUCAACGCUGGUCCUGGUAUAAUUUUAUCAUAUGCUAUAUCUGGUUUUUCUGCUUUGCUUUCUGUGUUUUGUUACACUGAAUUUGCUGUUGAUAUACCAAUAGCUGGUGGUUCUUUUUCAUUUUUAAGAAUAGAGUUAGGUGAUUUUGUUGCAUUUAUAGCUGCUGGUAAUAUAUUAUUAGAAGCUAUUGUUGGUGCUGCUGGUUUAGGACGUUCUUGGUCAUCAUAUUUUGCUAGUAUUAUUAGUAAAGAUGCUGACUUUUUAAGAAUCAAGAUUGGUUUUUUAGCUGAUGGUUUUAAUUUAUUAGACCCUUUAGCUGUUUUAGUACUUGUAUUAGCUAAUGGGGUUGCUAUGACUGGUACAAGAAAUACAUCUAUUUUGAAUAUGGUAAGUUCUAUAGUUAGUGCUGGUGUUAUUUUGUUUAUUAUAGUUGUGGGGUUUAUUCAUGGGAAGAGUGAGAAUUUGGUACCUUUUUUCCCUUUUGGUGCUGGUGGUGUAUUUAGAGCUGCAGCUGUUGUGUAUUGGUCGUAUACGGGUUUCGAUAUGGUUGCUAAUUUGGCUGAAGAGACUAAGAAACCGUCGAGGGAUAUACCGUUGGGGUUAGUAGGGUCGAUGUCGGUGAUAUCUGUUGUUUAUUGUUUGAUGGCGUUGGCAUUGACGAUGAUGGUUAAGUAUACCGAAGUGGAUGUGAAUGCUGCGUAUUCGGUUGCGUUUGAGGGGAUUGGUAUGAAUUGGGCUAAGUAUUUGGUGGGGAUUUGUGCACUUAAGGGAAUGACUACGAGUAUGCUUGUUGGGUCGAUGGGGCAAUCUCGAUACACGACUCAGAUUGCCAGAGCACAUAUGAUUCCACCGUGGUUCGCUUUGGUUCACCCGAAAACAGGGACGCCAAUUUACGCUACUCUUUUGACGACUAUAACUAGUUGCGUUCUCGCUUUGUUCACGAGCUUGGAUGUCUUGUCUAGCGUGUUCUCGUUUAGUACGCUUUCCAUUUUCAUGCUUAUGGCUGUUGCGUUGCUCGUUAGACGAUACUACGUUACGGAUGUUACUUUGAAGUACGAUUUGGUCAAAUUUCUUCUGUGCUUGUUCGUGGUAAUUGGUUCGUCAAUUGGAGCAACGGUUCUUUGGAGUAUGAACGAAAAAGGUUGGGUCGGGUAUACUGUAACUGGCGGUUUUUGGUUGUUGGGCACUUUAGGGAUGGCAAUACUUCCAAAACAAAGACAUCCUAAAGUUUGGGGUGUGCCACUUGUUCCAUGGAUACCGUCAUUGUCAAUUGGGAUGAAUAUAUUUUUGAUAGGUUCCUUGGGUAAGGCGGCGUUUUAUCGGUUCAUCAUAUGCAGUGCUGUAAUGCUAAUUUACUACGUACUUGUUGGUGUCCAUGCAACAUAUGAUAUGGCUCAUCCCGAUAAACAGGAGUCCGUUAUUGAAGAGGGGAAUGAAAGUUCCAAUCAAGUGUUAUAGUUGGUAUGAUGCUUUAGACUGCUCCAUGAACUUUGCACUUAUUUGGUUUUAGGUUCUUGGAAUUGUAUGUUGUAUAGCUAAUGAACUGAAUGACAUCAAAUUGAUAGUUGAUAAAAAAGAUUCCAGAUGUUGUUCCAAUUAUGUUACCUGUAUCCUUUGUGUAUUUAUCCGCUUUUCAUCCAAUCAUAUGGCUGGUAGAUGUGUUCAGACAGUGUCUAA